AUGACGGAGGCCUUGGGUGGCCAGACACCUCAUUCAUUCCAAUUCGAAAUUGCUGUUGCACAAGAACAACGUCAAGAUGUGUUGUGUCACGCUGCAACUGGGAAGGGCAAGACGUUUGUGGCUGCCGCUCCUUACAAACUUCAGCAUAACGUGGACGAGAAAAGGGUGACAUUGAUGGUGUCACCGCUCAUAGCUCUACAAGAUGAAAUGGUUGAGACGUUCAAAGACGAGUUUGGAAUUGACGCUGUCGCUAUCAACAGUAACCAUGGGGGGCUCAACCGGAAUGUACUGGAUCGGGUUGUCAAUGGUGACUUCCGCAUCGUCCUCCUUGCCCCUGAAGUUCUCCUUUCGCGGAUUUUCAUCGACACUGUCCUACGCAAUAAGAAGUUCUUGCAACGCAUCUACUCGGUUGUCGUUGAUGAAGCUCACUGCAUCUCACACUGGGGUGACAGUUUCCGUAAAUCGUACAGCAACGUCGGCGGUAUUCGGGUUUUCUUGCCCAAAAAUACUCCUUUUAUCGCUGUUUCUGCGACGCUGACUCGCAGAGUUACUAGAGAUAUCAUCAGCAAACUCCAGCUCGGCCGUGGUUCACACUUUGUUUACAUCAACAUUGGCAACGACCGUGACAAUGUCUCGCUGGCAGUUCGUGCAAUACACCAUGCCCAGAAGACACUAAGCGAUGUGGGGUUUGUUGUGCCCUCCAAUACCCAGCACCGUGAAGACAUACCCAAGACAUGGAUCUACGCCGACGAUAUCAAGGAAGGGACUGCAAUCACCAACUACCUCAAUGAAUGCCUCCCCGACCACCUCAAGAAUACCGGGCUCAUUCGCGAGUAUAGCGCCGUCUUCAACAGUGAUUACCGGACAGCUGCUAUGAAUCAAUUCCGAUCUGGGAGUAUUCGGAUCUUAGUGUGCACCGACGCUGCAGGCAUGGGGUGCAACAUCCCCGAUGUUGAUGUUGUCGUGCAAUGGGGGCUCCCAAAAACCCUAUCCUCAUUUGUUCAGCGUGCCGGGCGAGCUGCACGCGGUCGCGGGAAGGUGGGGCUGGCAGUGCUCCUCUGCGAGCCGUCAGCCUAUAUGGUUGACCUCACGAAGGCCCCGGCAUCAGCUCCACGCAAGAAAGGGGCGCCUUCCAAGCUCACCACCGACGCAGCGGCAUCAGCACGGGAAGCGUCUCGAGCGUACGCGGUAGCUCAUGGCCGUAACAGGGGUGGACUAAGCAGACAAGACGAUCUGCUAACUGCCCAGGAGCCAGAAGUAGAUUUGGACACACCAGACGAGGGACUGCUCUACUUCAUUCAGACCACAGCCUGUCGUCGUCGUAUCCUGACGAAGGUCUUUGAUAAUCCUCCCCCUGCUCCUUCGGUACCUUGCUGCGACAUCUGCUCUCCGGCGCUGUUGGACAGGAUUCGACCACGCGAGAAACCUGCCGCUUCAUUGCGCACUGCAAGGACAAAGAAAUGCGAACCCAGAGCCGACAUCAUCACAGCAAUCAGGUUGUGGCGAAAGCGAGCAUUUCAGUCCUUGCCUGGCUGUCGACUCUACGCCCCGAGUACUCUCCUCCCCAACUCUGCCGUGUCCGACCUUGCAUCCAUGACCCCUCUCACUGCCGAAACUAUCCGGAACUGGCUCGAGCCCCGUUGG